AUGGCAGAGCCGCAGCUGCCCUCGGGGCCCCAGCUGGACAUGGCCGCAGGCCUUCCUCCUGUGGGACUUGAAGUCCUGCCUGGGUCAGGCUCCGCUCGUGUCCAGGACGGCACGGCCUCGGCCGGCUUCCACCGUGCCUCCGCGGGCGUCCUGACUUUGAGGAUGCUGGUGGCGGGAAACGCAGCAAGCACAGCGGCUCAGUAUUGCGCAGGUCCUGACGGCUCCUCGGCCCUGCGCGCUCUGACUCAGGAACACUCCUCCCUCGGGCCACCCACGCGACAACGGGGCGUUCUCUACGCCAUCCACACCGCCGCCAGCGCGGGUUUCAGUCGCGAGGCCCGCACCGGGCCUCCGAGCCUCUCAGCCGGGCCUCCGGGCCUCUCAGUCGGGCCUCCGGGCCUCUCAGUCGGGCCUCUCAGCCGGGCCUCCGGGCCUCUCAGCCGGGACCCCGGGCCUCUCAGUCGGGCCUCUCAGUCGGGCCUCCGAGCCUCUCAGCCGGGCCCCCGGGCCUCUCAGCCGGGCCUCUCAGCCUCCGGGCCCCCGGGCCUCUCAGCCAGGCCUCCGAGCCUCUCAGCCGGGCCUCUCAGCCUCCGAGCCUCUCAGCCUCCGGGCCUCUCAGCCAGGCCCCCGGGCCUCUCAGCCGGGCCCCCGGGCCUCUCAGCCGGGCCCCCGGGCCUCUCAGCCGGGGUGCGUCUGUGGCUGUCUUCACCCUUCCGGGCUUCUCCCAGGCUCGGCGGGACGCCAGGAGGCGCCUGCCUGCUCACCCCGGGGCGGGACAUCCUCCCCGCCCAGCUCCGGUCGGCGGCAGCCAGCCGGGAACGGCGCCGUCGCGCGCCGCUGGGCAUGUCGGGAGAGCGGCGCGGACCAGCCCGUGUGAUGGGCCCCGCUGCAGUGACACCCCUGGAGUCCGGGCGGGCUUCCAGCCCCCAGGCGACCCCAAACUUCACCCUGAGCGUGUACACCACCACGCGGUCCAGCCUGGGUGCAGAGAACAACGUGGACCUGGUCUUGAAUGUGGAGGACUUUGAUGUGCAGUCUAAGUUUGAAAGGACAGUUAAUGUUUCUGUACCAAAGAAAACAAGAAACAAUGGGACGCUGUAUGCAUAUAUUUUCCUGCAUCAUGCUGGGGUUCUGCCGUGGCAUGAUGGGAAGCAAGUGCACCUGGUCAGCCCUCUGACCACCUACAUGAUCCCCAAGCCAGAAGAGAUCAACCUACUCACUGGGGAGUCUGCUGCUCAGCAGCAAAUUGAAGCAGAGAAGAAGCCGUCAAAUGCCCUGGAUGAGCCUGUCUCUCAUUGGAGACCCAGGCUGACCCUAAAUGUGAUGGUGGAUGACUUUGUCUUCGAUGGGUCCUCACUGCCUGCUGAUGUGCACCGGUACAUGAAGAUGGUCCAGCUGGGGACAACGGUGCAUUACCUCCCCAUCCUCUUCAUUGACCAGCUGAGCAAUCGGGUGAAGGACUUGAUGGUCAUCAACCGCUCCACCACCGAGCUGCCACUCACCGUGUGCUACGACAAGAUCUCUCUGGGGCGCCUGCGCUUCUGGAUCCACAUGCAGGACGCCGUGUACUCCCUGCAGCAGUUUGGGUUUUCAGAAAAAGAUGCUGACGAAGUAAAGGGGAUAUUUGUGGACACCAACUUGUACUUCCUGGCACUGACGUUCUUUGUGGCCGCGUUUCACCUUCUUUUCGACUUCUUGGCAUUUAAAAAUGACAUCAGUUUCUGGAAGAAAAAGAAGAGCAUGAUUGGCAUGUCCACCAAAGCAGUACUCUGGCGCUGUUUCAGCACCGUGGUCAUCUUCCUGUUCCUGCUGGAUGAGCAGACCAGCCUGCUGGUGCUGGUUCCUGCAGGCGUGGGCGCUGCCAUCGAGCUCUGGAAAGUGAAGAAGGCUCUCAAGAUGACGGUGACCUGGAGGGGCCUGAGGCCACGGUUCCAGUUUGGCACCUACAGCGAGUGUGAGAGGAAGACGGAGGAGUAUGACACCCAGGCCAUGAAGUACUUGUCUUACCUCCUCUACCCGCUCUGUAUCGGGGGCGCCAUCUACUCGCUGCUGAACAUCAAGUAUAAGAGCUGGUACUCGUGGCUUAUCAACAGCUUUGUAAAUGGUGUCUAUGCGUUUGGCUUCCUCUUCAUGUUGCCCCAGCUCUUUGUCAACUACAAGAUGAAGUCGGUGGCUCACCUGCCCUGGAAGGCCUUCACCUACAAGGCUUUCAACACCUUCAUCGACGAUGUCUUCGCCUUCAUCAUCACCAUGCCCACGUCGCACCGGCUGGCCUGCUUCAGGGACGACGUGGUGUUUUUGGUCUACCUGUAUCAGCGGUGGCUUUAUCCUGUGGAUAAGAGCAGAGUGAAUGAGUUUGGGGAAUCGUACGAGGAACGGCCCAAGCGGAAAUCUCAUGCAGACUGAAGGCCCUGGCCUGAGCUUCCUGGUCAGCAGGGGACGGGCCUCUGGAGGCUUGGGGAGUUCCCAGACACCACAUCUUCACGUUGCCAAAUCCCUCAGCUUCCCCCGUGCUCCCCCAUCCUGGAGCACACGCAUGAACAGGAUGCGUCACGGCGUGGGCGGGUCUCCACGGUGCCCUCCUCUGCCAAGUGGGAGAUGGUGGGCUUCCAUUUCAAGUUGUUUUUUUAAGUGCUCCUUAUGUGAUUCAAAUGCAUAUGGAAAUUCAUUCCAUAUGAACUCUGGGAUCAACUGGCUCUUUCCCUCCUGUUUAAAAUUUGAUUGUUUUCAGCUUAAUUAAUGUAUGUUUGUAUUUUAAAAUAAAUUUCUCUGGCUGUGAUGUUU